GUCCCGCUGUUUUGCAUUGUGUCUUGGAAGAGCCGGCGAGUCGUCCCCCGUAAAACCGUCUCAACCCACCGCGGCAAUGUCGGGCAGGUCGGUCCGAGCGGAGACCCGGAGCAGGGCCAAAGAUGACAUCAAGCGGGUGAUGGCCGCUAUCGAGAAAGUACGAAAAUGGGAGAAGAAAUGGGUGACUGUCGGGGACACGUCCCUUCGUAUCUACAAGUGGGUUCCAGUGACGGAGCCCAAAUCGGACGACAAAAACAAGAACAAGAAGAAGGGCAAGGAUGAGAAAUACGGCUCUGAGUUGACCACGCCAGAGAACAGUUCGUCCCCCGGGAUGAUGGACAUGCACGAUGACAACAGCAACCAGAGCUCCAUCGCCGACUCGUCACCCGUCAAACAGGAAACCAGCUGUAGCACCAGUCCGGCACCGGAGUCCACUACGGCGUCUCAUCGCGAAAACGAGGCCAAGACUGAGCAGAGUUCUGACGCCAAGAGAGGUAAGAACGCGUCCUCGUCGGAAGUUCCCGAUCGAGCGCAAAGCGUCAAGCGAGAAGGAGAGAAAGACGCCUCGGACAGCAAAGCCAGUCAGGACGUGGAUGAAGAGGCCCCGCCCACCAAGAAGAGCAAAGUGGAGUGUCCGGACUUUGACGAGAGUUAAAGUUCGGGCUUCUGGACUCACUCACGCCCCCUUCUGUCCAAAAGGGACGGUACUCCUCCACUAAAGAUGGAUCCUCCAUUGUCCGCCUCGCCAAACGUGCUUCCUUCCACGUCUGACCAGAAGGGCGGCGCCCGGGUAUCCGCUUUAGGAAUUUGUUUUGAGGGAAGGGGCGUCGAUGCUCCCCUUAGACCGAUAUUCUUUCUUUUUUUACGUGUUUAGGAAGUUUUUCUCAGGAGGGUCGAUGCACUGUUACCAUGUUUGUCACCAUGGAUCACACUUUAGACGGAAGCUUCUUCUCUCCUUCCACGGACGAAGAAGGUGCCUUGCUGGCUUUUUUGCUGCCAUCCUUUAGCUUUGGUGUUUGCCUUAAAGCCGUCAGUCGUCGUAGCUUUAGCACGGCUGUCCUUUAGCUUAGCAUCGAGCCUGGAAGCAGGUAGCUCCUUUCACACAGAACAAGUCCACCCGAGAAAGUGGCUCCUUUCACACAGAAUAAGUCUACCCGAGAAAGUAGCUCCUUUCACACAGAAUAAGUCCACCCGAGAAAGUAGCUCCUUUCACACAGAAUAAGUCCACCCGAGAAAGUAGCUCCUUUUACACAGAAUAAGUCCACCCGAGAAAGUAGCUCCUUUUCAACAGAAUAAGUCUACUCGAGAGUAGCUCCUUUCACACAGAAUAAGUCUACCUGAGAAAGUAGCUACUUUCACACAGAAUAAGUCCACCCGAGAAAGUAGCUCCUUUCACACAGAAUAAGUCCACCCGAGGAAGUAGCUCCUUUCACACAGAAUAAGUCCACCUAAAAAAAGUAGCUCCUUUCACACAGAAUAAGUCCACCUAAAAAAGUAGCUCCUUUUAAACAAAAUAAGUCUACCUGAGAAAGUAGCUCCUUUCACACAGAAUAAGUCCACCAGAGAAAGUAGCUCCUUUCACACAGAAUAAGUCCACCCGAGAAAGUAGCUCUUUUCACACAGAAUAAGUCGACCCGAGAAAGUAGCUCCUUUCACACAGAAUAAGUCCACCUAAAAAAAGUAGCUCCUUUCACACAGAAUAAGUCCACCUAAAAAGAGUAGCUCCUUUCACACAGAAUAAGUCCACCCGAUAAAGUAGCUCCUUUCACACAGAAUAAGUCCACCUAAAAAAAGUAGCUCCUUUCACACAGAAUAAGUCCACCCAAUAAAGUAGCUCCUUUCACACAGAAUAAGUCCACCCGAGAAAGUAGCUCCUUUUAAACAAAAUAAGUCUACCCGAGAAAGUAGCUACUUUCACACAGAAUAAGUCCACCCGAGAAAGUAGCUCCUUUCACACAGAAUAAGUCCACCCGAUAAAGUAGCUCCUUUCACACAGGAUAAGUCCACCCGAGAAAGUAGCUCCUUUUAAACAAAAUAAGUCUACCCGAAAAAGUAGCUCCUUUCACACAGAAUAAGUCCACCUAAAAAGAGUAGCUCCUUUCACACAGAAUAAGUCCACCCGAUAAAGUAGCUCCUUUCACACAUAAUAAGUCUACCCGAGAAAGUAGCUCCUUUCACACAGAAUAAGUCCACCCGAGAAAGUAGCUCCUUUCACACAGAAUAAGUCCACCUAAAAAAAGUAGCUCCUUUCACACAGAAUAAGUCCACCCAAUAAAGUAGCUCCUUUCACGCAGAAUAAGUCGACCCGAGAAAGUAGCUCCUUUUAAACAAAAUAAGUCUACCCGAGAGUAGCUCCUUUCACACAGAAUAAGUCUACCUGAGAAAGUAGCUCCUUUCACACAGAAUAAGUCCACCUGAGAAAGUAGCUCCUUUCACACAGAAUAAGUCGACCCGAGAAAGUAGCUCCUUUCACGCAGAAUAAGUCAACCCGAGAAAGUAGCUCCUUUUAAACAAAAUAAGUCUACCCGAGAAAGUAGCUCCUUUCACACAGAAUAAGUCCACCUAAAAAAGUAGCUCCUUUCACACGGAAUAAGUCCACCUAAAAAAGUAGCUCCUUUCACACAGAAUAAGUCCACCCGAUAAAGUAGCUCCUUUCACACAGAAUAAGUCCACCCGAGAAAGUAGCUCCUUUUAAACAAAAUAAGUCUACCCGAAAAAGUAGCUCCUUUCACACAGAAUAAGUCCACCUAAAAAGAGUAGCUCCUUUCACACAGAAUAAGUCCACCCAAUAAAGUAGCUCCUUUCACACAGAAUAAGUCCACCCGAGAAAGUAGCUCCUUUUAAACAAAAUAAGUCUACCCGAGAAAGUAGCUACUUUCACACAGAAUAAGUCCACCCGAGAAAGUAGCUCCUUUCACACAGAAUAAGUCCACCCGAGAAAGUAGCUCCUUUCACACAGAAUAAGUCGACCCGUGAAAGUAGCUCCUUUUAAACAAAAUAAGUCUACCCGAGAAAGUAGCUCCUUUCACACAAAGUAAGUCCACCCGAGAAUGUAGCUCCUUUCACACAGAAUAAGUCCACCCGAGAAAGUAGCUCCUUUCACACAGAAUAAGUCCACCUAAAAAAAGUAGCUCCUUUCACACAGAAUAAGUCCACCCAAUAAAGUAGCUCCUUUCACACAGAAUAAGUCCACCCGAGAAAGUAGCUCCUUUUAAACAAAAUAAGUCUACCUGAGAAAUUAGCUCCUUUCACACAGAAUAAGUCCACCCGAGAAAGUAGCUCCUUUCACACAGAAUAAGUCCACCCGAGAAAGUAGCUGCUUUCACACAGAAUAAGUCCACCCGAGAAAAUAGCUCCUUUUAAACAAAAUAAGUCUACCCGAGAAAGUAGCUCCUUUCACACAGAAUAAGUCCAUCCGAGAAAGUAGCUCCUUUCACACAGAAUAAGUCCACCUGAGAAAUUAGCUCCUUUUACACAGAGCAAGUCCAACCGGAACAAGUAGCUCCUUUUACACAGAGCAAGUCUACCCGGAGCAAGUAGCUCCUUUUUCACAGAACAAGCCCAACCGGCGCAAGUAGCUCCUUUUACACAGAACAAGUCCACCCAAGAAAGUAGCUCAUUUCACACAGAGUAAGUAGCCCCUUCUACACAGUAAGUCCACCCAGGUCAAGUAGCUCCUUUUACAAAGAACAAGCCCAACCGGAGCUAGUAGCUCCUUUUACACAGUAAGUUUACCCGAGCAAGUAGCUCCUUUCACACAGCGCAAGUCCACCUGGAGCAAGUAGCUACUUUCACACAGAACAAGUCCACCUGGCAAAUUCCCACCCAAGCCUCCAUGUUCUGACAAAGAACUGGCAAUUGACCAACUUUUAUGGAGGUAGAAUGGAUCAGCCCCUUUCACACAUGACAUAGUUAUGUUGCUCACUUAUUAGGGGUGACAAGACAACAUCAUCAGCAAUAUUUCGUCGUUUGGAGGCUGUGUUUUUUCUGUGUGAAUGUCACCCACGUGCAAUAUUUUGCUAUUUGAGGUACUAUGACAGCUUCCUUUAUGCGGUUUAUAAAAGCUGGUAUUAUUACUCCAUUUUUCUGUGUAAGCGGCACCGAUACAAAAUGGAGGGGGGAAUCGACCUGGCUAUUUUUUGGCCCAGGGUGAAGAGCUCCUUUCACACAACGCGUUUUCACAUCUUUUUUCCUUUGGGUCUCUGUUCUGUAUGAAUGGCACUGAUGCAGGAAGGGUGGUAAGAAUUCAACCUGGCUAUUUUCCGCGUUUCACAGGUUUUAUCAGAAGCAAGAAAGUAAUCUGUGUGAAAGGGAAUGACAAAAAGCCAGAACAGGGGCGGCAAGUGUAACACCCAACAUUUAUUCAUCACAAACUGUUGUGUUGAAAGUGAUUGUCGCUGUUUGAAAAAUGUUUUCUCCAUUGCACCACAUGUCGACCAACAUUUAUUUUAUGCAAUUGCUAGGUCCUGUGUGAAAGGCAAAGGUGGAUAAAAGCCGGCCGGAUAAAAUGCAAAUACAUUAUUACUCCAUUUUUCCAUGUCGCUCUAAUGGGUUAGCGCUACCGAUACAUACUAGAGGGCGGCGUUGACCCGGCUAUUUUCUGCCAUGGUAAGCUCCUUUUCACAAUGAGGAAAAAAAAAAGAUGCAAAAAGCUUGUUACUUACUGUGUCCCUGUUCUGUAUGAACGGCAGCGACGCAGGAAGGGGGGGUAAGAAUUAAAUCCGGCUAUUUUCCACCUGAGGUUUUAUCGCAAACAAGAAGCCGCCUGUGUGAAAGGGAAUAGCAAAAAGCCAGGACAGCGGCGGCAAAGUGAUGGUCGGUCAACGUGUAUUUCUACGUCCUGUAUGAAAGGUACCGAGGGAUAAAAGCGUCUUCCAGGCUGGAUGCUAGUGGACGCUAGGAGGAGUUAGUUGUGUGAACUGGCGGCGAGGCACAAGUGUGGCGCUCACACACACACACACACACACACACACACACACACACACACACACACACACACACACACACACACACACACACACACACACACGCUGGCCAGCAAGAUGGAUUAGCAAAUACCUCAUUCACUUUCCACCUUAGCAUUAGCAUUAGCAUUGUUACACUCUUCUCACUGUUCAACUUUGUAGCUCACAAGCUAAUGAGCCCACUUUCUAAUUCAUGUGUUCAUUGAGCCCAACCCACUUUCUAAUUCAUGUGUUCAUUGAGCCCAACCCCCUUUCUAAUUAAUGUAUUCAUUGAGCCCAGCCCACUUUCUAAUUCAUGUGUUCAUUAAGCCCAACCCACUUUCUUAUUCAUGUGUUCAUUAGGCCCAGCCCACUUUCUUAUUGAUGUCUUCAUUAAGCCCAACCCACUUUCUUAUUCAUGUUUAAUUGAGCCAACCCACUUUCUAAUUCAUGUGUUCAUUAAGCCCAACCCACUUUCUUAUUCAUGUGUUCAUUAAGCCCAGCCCACUUUCUUGAUGUCUUCAUUAAGCCCAACCCAUUUUCUUAUUCAUGUUUAAUUGAGCCAACCCACUUUCUAAUUCAUGUGUUUAUUAGGCCCAGCCCACUUUCUAAUUCAUGUGUUCAUUAAGCCCAACCCACUUUCUAAUUCAUGUGUUCUUUAAGCCCAACCCCCUUUCUAAUUAAUGUGUUCAUUAAUCCCAACCCCCUUUCUAAUUCAUGUGUUCAUUUAGCCCAGCCCCUCUUUAUAAUUCAUGUGUUCAUUAAGCCCAGCCCACUUACUAAUUCAUGUGUUCAUUGAAUCCAACCCACUCUUAUUCACAUGUUCAUUAAGCCCAACCCACUUUCUAAUUAAUGUAUUCAUUGAGCCCAGCCCACUUUCUAAUUCAUGUGUUCAUUAAGCCCAACCCACUUUCUUAUUCAUGUGUUCAUUAAGCCCAGCCCACUUUCUUAUUGAUGUCUUCAUUAAGCCCAACCCACUUUCUUAUUCAUGUUUAAUUGAGCCAACCCACUUUCUAAUUCAUGUGUUCAUUAAGCCCAACCCACUUUCUUAUUCAUGUGUUCAUUAAGCCCAGCCCACUUUCUAAUUCAUGUGUUCUUUAAGCCCAACCCCCUUUCUAAUUCAUGUGUUCAUUGAGCCCAACCCACUUUCUAAUUCAUGUGUUCAUUGAGCCCAACCCACUUUCUAAUUCAUGUGUUCAUUUAGCCCAGCCCUCUUUGUAAUUCGUGUGUUCAUUAAGCCCAGCCCACUUUCUAAUUCAUGUGUUCAUUUAGCCCAGCCCUCUUUGUAAUUCAUG